AUGGCUACGUUCAACCCCGACAACGAGAUGGAGAACCAGGCACGUGUGCAGGGAUAUAAGGUCUCCACCGGCAGAGGCGGAGCUGGCAACAUUCAUACGUCCAUUUCCAAGCCAUCUCCCGUCCUUCUUCCAUUGAAAUCCAACUCGAAGCCGGCAGCAAACAACAACAGUAACGGAAACGCUCAAGAGAAGGUCCCGCGUUUUGCUAUCGGCAGAGGCGGUGCUGGUAAUAUCUUCCACGACCCGCAGCUGACCAGAUCCGCCCAGCAGCUGGACUCCAACGAUAAUAUCAAUUAUAACGACGUAAUUAACGACAUUGACGAUUAUAUCUCCCCCGUUACUUCAGACAUGGUCGAUGAAGGCGGGCUAAACCCGGUGACCAACACCAGGUCUCGUAUCAGCGCCACCAGGAGCCAUCAUUCGCUGCAUGCGACCACGUCAUCUCCCAACAGCAGGACGCCCAUUGUUGUUGGUAGAGGGGGUGCAGGAAACAUUUUCUUUAAGAAGAAGAAAGUAUCUAGCAACGGUGGCGAUGAAGAGGACGUGAUACAGGACGGCAACGUCGAGGAUGAGGACAAUAUCAACGCACACGAUGAUAACUUGUUCACGGUGACUUCGAAUGGUAACGCUUUGGCGGCAAUCAAGUCCACAUCCAAGAAGCCCAAAAACAACCAUAAGGGAAAAAGCGUGCCGGAAAAAUUCGCCAUUGGGAGAGGCGGCGCAGGAAACAUAAUCUCGCCCAAGUCAAGUAGAAACACUAUACACCAUAACUUGAAUGAUAACGAUGAUGACGGUAAUCUCAAAGAUGACAGUAGUAAAGACAAGAAGAAGAAGAAGAAAAAGAAAUCGGGAUUCUUCAACUCUUUGAAAAGCAUGUUUAACUGA